AUGGCAGCUCUAAGUGACACAAAUGUUCCACAUCCGAAACGUCCAAGAACUUCCACAUUUGGAGUUAAAAUUCUUGUUGAGAGGGAUUCUUUUGGAGGAAACCCGGAAAUUAUCAAAAAAUCAUUGGAGGAUAUUUGUAAAGAAGCCGGAUGCUUCAUAAAUAUCGAUGAUUAUCCUGGUGAUAGGAAUGCAAAAUUAACAAUCACUGGAUCUCUCGAGUCAAUUAUGAAAGCAGUUAAACACGAGAACAUGAAAUGCAAACAAAUUGGAGACUAUGAACUACGCGGAUUUCAGUCUCAACAAAUUUUCGUUUUUUUGGUCCAGUCGGAUAGCAUAAAUAAGCACAUCAAAACCCUCAUUGGAGAGGAAUCCGGUGUAGAAACUAAUAACAUUAUUAUCGGUGAACAACGUGUCUCAGUUGCAGUCCAAUCUGCAGAAGUUCUUCUGAAAGUUGGAGUUAAUUUUGAAAAUGAAGCAUCUAGCGAAGCUUUUGUGAAAAUUAUUCAAGUAGUUGCAUUAGAUGUGGAAGAAAAUAUUGUUUUUUUCAAAAAAGUACAAGAAGAAAGACUGACCGAGAAAAGCAGUAUUCAGUUUCUGGAAGAAGUAAAUCCUAAUUCUGUUACGAGAGACAUUAUGGUAGAUGUUUGGCAGAAAUAUGUCAAGAAUUCUCCGCGAAGAGAUCGGCUCCGCCUCUACAGUUUUGCCUUAGCUCAUACACCAGAUUCGAGAAUUCUUUUCGACAUGGUGAGAGCGGAAACGAAUAAACCGAUGAGACCCGGAUUGUUGGCUGCAGGAUUAAUGAUGGAAAAUAUGACUGGUAGAGUAACGAUCAUGAAAUAUAUCCGUGAUCUAUCGAAUGUGAGCGAUACUAGAAAAUAUUUUGGCGAUGCAGGAGCGAAGUUUCCAUCAGAUAUGUCAAUUCUUGUUCAAAGGAUUCUACUGGAAGAGAAGGAGAAAGAUACUACUGCAGCAAAACGAAUCGUGGGACAAUUCCUAACGUCGAAUCCUACAAUUCUUGAAGACAAGAAACUCGAACUAUUGGCGAUUAUGGAAGAGGAGGGAUCAGUGUCUGGACCGGAGCAACUUAUAACUGAUUUGAAGACGACGAAGCCGAUGGUUGAGAACAAUUGUAAAUUCUGGGCUGAUUGCAUCGCCAAACUUACUUCUCAAAAAGCUUAUCGAAGUGUUAGAACUUUGAGCGCGGAACUACUUCCAAUGUGCCUUGGAACGCAGAUUUUUAUAGAAGUAUCCAAAUGCUGUUCUAUUGCUGCAAAAGACUCGAAGACUCCUAACACUGAAGAUCAUGAGAUCAUUGAGCUUAACUACCAACAUCACAUGAAAAGAGAAGAGGAUAUCAAUCAUGAGGACUAG